GCGCUUCGUGCUGGUGCGCGCCAUGCAUCCACAGGUGGAAGGCCGUAUGUCAACAUGCACCACGGAAGUCCUGCUGAGGCGAAGGCUGAGGUGCCUUGACAAGGAAGCCUGCAGCGCGAUGCUCCGGCCAAGUGUCGGCCGAGGGGACGUGGUGCAGCACAUUAUGACCUUCGUCGAUCCGGAGCGGCCGUUAGCGGACACAGCAGUGGGGGGCAAGAUGUUUCAAGACACAGGCUCUGCAAAUUUGGACUUGUUCUUUCAGUCAGUCCCUCAAGGGAAGCCACAGGAAAACGUGCAGCUGAAGGGGCUGUUGGACAAGGCCUGGGAUGAAAGCCCAGAGGUUUGCUUGAAGCAGAUCUUCUUGCUUGGCUCCCGAGAUGGCAAGCAGGACCGGUAUUCGUUCUACGAUGCCAUGGUUUGGCUCUGGCACAAGGAUCCGGCCACGCUCCUCGCCAACUUGCAGUUGGUUCCCGAGUGCAACUAUUGGAAGGGACUGCUGGAGGUCUUGGCGCGCAUUUGCGAGGGCCCGGCCCGGAGCUUACAGCGAGACUUGGCGCUCUACAGCCAUUACAAGCGCUGCAAGGAUGCACAAGCGGACUGCAAGUACCGGAAGAGGGACGCAGGACUCGGCGAGGACGGCAACUUUCGCCCAGGCUCCCGAUUGGAGAUGGCAGCAGAAGCGUUGAAGCGCUACGACAGCGACCCAGUCUUCCGAGCGCUUUUCGAGCGAGUUGGACAGCUUUUCGCUGACCAGCUGCGCUUGGAUUUGGCUGCGAUGCGCAGAGGCCAGAGGGUCAGCCUCUGCGCAAAGUGGUGCCCGCUGCUCUACCACUCCUUCGAUCGGCGGACCCUGAUUUGUGAGGGCAUUGCCCGAUGGCUCUUUCCUGCUAGCUUACCGCAGUUUGCAGGGUGCACCGAACGGCAGUAUGCCUACAGGGCCCGUGAUCUGUUGCGGAAGCAGCUGUCCGAGCUUGGCGAGUACAUGAAGCUCCCGGAGCGGCUAAUGUGCCAACAGCGUUGGGGCGAGAUCCACUACAAAGCGCUCCCUGCGGCCUGCCUCACCAAGCAUGCCAAGAGCUUUGAGAAGCACGACCCCGUCCGCUUCCGAGAGUUCAUGGACAAGGUCGAGUGUGGCAAGGUCCGGGUGAACACAGGCGCCCUCCAGCCACACGAGAUCCUGAGGCGCGCGAAAGCGUCUGGCACUUCCGAGAAGAUACUGGCGCAGGGACAGUGGCGGGCUAUGGUGGACCGUGUCCGUGAAGCUGGUCAACUGCAAGACUGCAUUGCUGUAUGUGAUGUCUCCGGCUCCAUGUCGUGGUGUGAGGCUGCACCUGGCGUUACUCCUAUGGAUGUGGCCAUCGCUUUGUCUCUGCUGGUGGCCGAGCUUGCUUCUGGGCUUUUGGCUGAGCAGGUCAUCACGUUCCACGAGUCACCAACGAUGGCAGCACUUCCAGCCACCUCGAACCUUGCGGAGCUUGUGGACUUCAUGCGGCGGUUGCCCGCAGGUGGAAGGACCAAUUUCCACAAGGUCUUUGAGCUGCUGUUGGAAAAACAGGCAUUGCCCAGGAAGAUCCUGGUGUUCUCUGAUAUGCAAUUUGCUGCUGCCGGUGGCAACUCCACGGUCUUGCGGCAGAUUCAGGAGAAGUACCGCCAAGCAGGCCGGACAAUGCCGGAGCUGGUGUUCUGGAAUCUCGUCGGAAGCUCAGGCGCGCCGGCUCUGGCCACGGAUGCUGGCGUCGUCCUCAUGUCCGGCUUCUCCUCGCGCAUGCUGAAGAUGGUCACGGAGUCUGGGCAAAAUCCGCUGGCUGCCUUUAGCAAGGCGCUGGACAACCCGCUCUGCGCUAAGGUGCGUGUGGUCCAGGAUGCCGCUGAUGCCCAGGAGCUCCUCGCCGGCCCUGAGCCCUCCCAGCAUCCCUUCGCUGCCGACUCGGCCGAGGUGGCCCAGGCUACAGCGGGUGGUGCGGCAGGAUUGCCGACGAAGCGGCGGCGCGCGCAGCGGGCCGUCAUGGCAAAGCUGGCCACGCUGCCGUGCCGUGUUGCUGAGGCAGCCCUUGUCGGCAAGGGUGGUGAGAGGAUCCGGCAGCUAAGGAAGGCGCUGCAGGACCGCAUGUGCCAAAGCUUGGAUGCUGGUCGCUUCCGGUUCUGGCUGGAUGUCCAGAACCGCAGCUUAUUAGCCACAGUGGAGGCAGCAGAGAGCUCCUUCACGGAGCAACAGCUUCAGACAUCCCUUGCCGAGCUGAAGUCCUUCAUCCCGCGCAAUGUGAUCUACAACAAAGUCCGCCACGCUCUGCGCAUUGACGGCCUCCCAGUACCACGCCGGGUCUCUGCUGUGUUGGGCUCGCUGAGGAACGGAAAGGCAGUUGCCAUAUUCCUUGGACGCAGGGGUUCGAGGAUUAGGGCCUUGCAG